AUGCCGCUCGAAGGCCGUCGCCGCAGCCCGGAAAGCGCGCGGCGACGCCGCAAGGAACGGCGCCGGUCCCGGUCUUUGUCCGCGGACGGCGCGUCAGACGGCGGAGAUACCUACUCACGCGCCGGCGAGUCGACCCGGUCGGGCGGCCGUCACCGCUCGUCACGCUCCUCACACCACGCGGCGACCGCGGCCGCGACGACAACAUCCGGAAAGGCACCCGUCACAACCAUCCCACAUGUGGCCUCACCUUCACGCUCGCGAGGCGAGGCUGCCAGCUACUACGACACGAGCAACACUUUUGUCGACCCUGCGGCGUUCCGUCCGACAGGGCCUAUUUCGAGUGCAGCACCCGGUAUAGGUUUGGGCGCCGCCGCAGCCACAGGCAUUGCGGCCGCGUCCCAUCUGUAUCAACAAAACAGUCAACACAGUCAACAAAGUCAACACAGCCAACAACAGCAACCGUACACACCCACGCACAACGUCCGCGACCGUUCGGCAUCGUCGGGCGGCUCGUCGACGUCGUCGACGUCCGACUCGCUGCUCAACAUCUCGGCGCCGCGGUCGCACGUUAACGGCAUCAUAUCCUUUUUCCGGCGACGCAGCAGCACGUCUGGACGGUCGCCGACGCGCCAGCAGCACCGGGCGUCGUCGGGCCACCGCAAGACGAAGAAGCGAUUCUUGCGUUUCAGCAACUCCAGCUCCUCGUCCGUCGACGACGGCCUCUUUUACGGCCGCGGUUACAUUUCGCGCUCGCGCGUGCAGCUGGCGCGUGACGAGACGGUCGCCGCCGCCAGCCACAGUCAAAGCUACGACCAGUGGCCUAGCCAAAACCAUGGCCACAGCCAUGGAGCUGGCGUGGCUGCUGCUGCUGCUGCUGCUGCUGCCGGUGUUGCUGGUGUUGCGGCUGUGACGGACCAUCUGGCCUAUGGCGGCGACCACUCGUCUUCGUCGCGUCCGCAACGCGGUACCGGCGACGACGAAGAGAUUCUGCGCAUCGGCCGCGAGCUUGCCCAGCUGGCCCACGACGAGAACCGCCGCGACCUGGCCCGUGUCGGCCGCCGCGCCCCCACCCAGAUGGCCGCCGCCUCGGUCGCCUUGCAGCGCUUCCGCCAGCAGCGCCAUUCCCAGGGUGGCAGCCGCGACGACUUUAGCGGUGGGCGCGGCGCCGCCCUUUCGCGCCCCAACCACGGUCAUGAUGACCUCCCGUCGUCGCCCGACGACUCCGAGUGGGAGUCUGCCUCCGAAGACGGCCACUCGGACGACGACUCCUUUGCGAGCAGCAGCGACGGCGACUCGGGCCUGGCCUAUGGCUCGAGCCACCACCUGCCGCCAAAGCAGACCCGCCCGUCAGCGUCGCGUACGGCCUCGCACACGGCAGGGGGUGUAGGCGCUGCUGCUCUGGGCGUGGCAGCUGGUGCCGCUCUCGCCGGAGCUGCUGUUUCUGGCCGUCAUGGCGCCGGACGUGACUCGGCGCACUCGUCGCCCGCUAACAACCGCUACAACAAUGCUCACCCUUCGCACGCGGGCCGUCGCCAGUCCUCCAUUGUCGACCCGUCCCUCUUUGGCCCGCAAAACUCGCUGCGCGGCCACGUCACCAGCCCCUGCGGGUUUGACGGGCGUCCUGUCCCUUCGGGCCCGGCAGGCGUGAUUGCCUCGGACAUCCGGCCGCCCAGCCAGUCCGACUCGCGCACCGCCAACGCAGCGCCCACGACGCCGCGCCGUCGUCAGCAGCAGCCCCAAGGCCCCGUGGAAAUCAAAACGCCCAAACCCGUGACCCCGGUUAGCAGCCGCGUGUUUGACGACGACGUCAUUAUGGCGUCGGAGGUCCGGAAUCGCCAGCGGGAGAAGGAGCGGGAGCGGGAGCGGGAAUAUGAACGUGAGCGCGAACGCGAACGCGAACGCGAACGUGCGGGGGACCGCCGUGACCGUGACCGUGACCGUGACCGCCGUGAUCGUUAUGACCGUCGCCAAGACGAGCCCAGCACAACCGACUCUCGUUACAAUGAACGCAAGCAGGAGCGCACUUCCUCGCCUCUGGUGGCGGCGGCUGUCGGCGGCGUUGCCGGCGCCGUCUUGGCCGAUAUCGUCCGCAAGGAUGACCGCAAAGACCGCACGGAUGGCCGUCGUGACGACCGUCGUGACGACCGUCGUGAUGACCGCGACCGCGAUCGCAAAAACGACGACUACGACGCCCGUCGUUCCGACCGCCGUGCUGAACGCCGCAAGGAAACGUUGGACGAGCGCUUCCGCCGUGCCGAACGCUACUACCGCGCCCAGGAUGAGGCUGAGCGCCUGAAGCGAGAGGCGGCUGGCGCAGCGCCGCGAUCCGAUGACAAGACUGUCGCGGGCGCGUCUGCCAUGUCCAUGUCCACCGCCGCAUAUGCCCUGCUUGCCGAGAAGCACAAGCUCGACGAGCGAGAGCGCGCGGUAACCAAGGCCGACGACAAGCCGGCCGUCGACCCGUUCCAGUACCAGGUGGCCACCGACGCCUUCCCCACGCCGGUGUACGGCAACACACCCGUCAUGCGCCCCCUGACGCCCGCCAUCGUCACGGUCGACGACGGCCCGUCAUGGGCCACCAUGGAUGAGCCGGCCACGCCCGUCAAGAAGGCGCCGCCACCUUCGUCGGCAGCGGCUGGCCCACCUGGCCCAUCCACGCCCGCCAUAUCGCCCGGUGCGCAGCGGGACCGCGAGCGCGAGCUUGAGCGCCAGCGCGAGUCUCUUGUGCGCCGCGAGAGCGAGCGUACCAUCGAACGCGCCCGGCGCGACCGCGAGCAGCAGCGCCGCAGCGGCAGCCUCGAGCGCGAGCAGCACGAGGCCGAGGCUAUCCUGGAACGCACCAACCACUCCACCGCGCCCAUUGACAAGUCCGCCGUGACCGCCGCCGAGGCCGUCAUCAUGCGCGAGGAGAGCCAGUACAGGAACGAGCCGCCGCGCGGCCGCACGUCCGGCCGCCGCGAACCGCGCGACGAACAAGGGCGCACCGACCGCGACAUCCGCGACGACGCCGACCGCUACUACCGCAAGACGGCCAUGGCCCGCCGCAUUGCCGAGGACGAGAUCCGUUCGCGCAGUGCCUCGCCGUCGGAGUCGGUCGUUGAAAAGUACAUGAGCCGCAGCAACAGCUACAGCCGGGACAACGUCGACGACCAGCACGACCGGCGUGACGAGAACGACGAGCAUGACCAGCAUGAGAAGAACGACAAGAACGACAAGAACGACAAGCGUGGCGAUGCCAACGACCGCUCAAGCAGCCGCGGCUCGGGCAAGGACUCGCGCGGCACCGUGUCCCGCAGCAACAGCGACGAGCCGCCCGUCGUCCGCAUUGUCACGCCGCCCGAGAUGGAGCGCCGCCACGAGAAGAACAAGUACGCCGAGCCCAACGCCGACGUCCGCAUCGACAACAAAAUCUACCCCAACGAGCUCGACAAGUACCUCUUGCGCGCCGAGGACCGCCGCAAGGCCGUGCACGGCUCGUACGAGGCGGGUGACGAACAUGGUCGCAACCGCAGCCGCAGCCGCGGUCGGUCCAUGACCAUGCCUGUCUUUAUCUCGCGCGACCCGUCCUGCGAGCGCGAACGCCCGCUGCUCAACCUCGUCAUGCCCACCCCUGUGCCGUCGCCGACGCCCGAGAAGCAGGUCCAGAGACUCGAGCGUGCCGCCGAGCACGUGGAAGAAGAGGAGGCGCGCAAGAACCGAAGCCGCGGUGUGUCCGGCGUGACCGGCGGGACGGGCGGGACGAAGCCGACGACUGAUCCUGUCGACAUGGACGCCAACAUUGUCACUGUCGAGCCCGAAAUUAUCACCGUCGGCCCCCCCGACGACUUUGACGACGACGUUGCUCCGCCGAAGCCGCCGCCGCCGCCCACCUACGCAGGGCCCAAGGACAGAGAGGUAAAGGCAGACUCCGUCGACAAGGCGAGCGAGGCCAAGCCUACAGAAAAGUCGGACGGAUCGCCUGUCCCGGUCACCCAGUCUCGCUUCCCCAACGCCAAGCGAACUAGCACGGCGCCCCUCCGCAAGUCGGGCUGGGCCGCUAUUAUUGGUGCUGUGACCGGCACGGCAGCUGGUGCUGCCGCUGCAUCUGCCGGAUCUGUGGCGUCUGACACGUCCUCCAAGAAUGCCGACAAGGAGGAGCCUGUAAAGGACAAGAACGCCAAGGACAAGGACGUCCAUGCCAAGGACAGCAAGCCCGAAAAGACGGUCGAACACAUGGCCGGUGAAUUUCCCGAGGACGACGACAAGGAGAACAACAAGAACAGCGACAGCCAGUCAAAAAACGGCCAGGGCAAAGAGGUAGCUGAAGAGGAGCUCCCUCUGCGCCCGCGUCGUGACGGCAGUGGCAUCCCCAUCGACGACAAGGUCACUGCUGCAGAACCGGUCUCGGCCUCUCCGCCCCCGAGUCCUCGUCAGGCUGUCUCCGAUCGCUCCGCCGCCGCCCGCGACCGUCCAAGCCAAAGGCGCAGGGAAAAUCAAAGUCAAAGCCCUGACCACUAUUUCAGCGCCAAGAACAAGUCCACGCAACAGGGCGCCUUUGGCGACGACCUCGAGUUCGCCGCCAUCGUGUCUGCCGGCAUGCCUGCGUCCGGGUUUGACGACAACAUUGUCGUCCAGGAUCCGAGCUACUGGCAGCGGUCGUCGCCACCGCGUCAGAGUCGCGAACGCGGCCACGACUCGGACGACUCGGGCGCCGGCUCGUCGUCGUCGCGCGAAAUCGUCUCCGAGACGGCGCUCGGCGACGCGGCCCCCGUGACUGUGCGCACUGGCCACCGUAGCAAAAAGGCCAAGCAGCGGGAGCUGCAGCGAGAGCGUGAAGAAGAGCGGGCAGAAGAGCGUGAGCGGGAGCUUGAGCGCCAGCGCGAGAGCGAGCGUGAGAAAGAGAAGACGAGAAUGGAAGAGGAGACUCGCGCUGCCGCUUCUGCUCCCACUCCUGCCGUCGACGACUGGGCUGCCUACACGCCUACAAAGAAACAGGGCAAGAACAGGAAGAACAAGAAGGUGUCGUCCUAUGCCGAGGAAGAGGACCGCGGCCGGGACGUGUCUGUGCUGUCCGAUGUUGUUCCUGAGCCUGUUCUUGGGCCUGUCGUCUCUGAACCCAUCGAGCGCGCCGACACGACCAUCGCCGACAAUGACGACAAUGCCAACGCUGCCAACGCUGCCGAUGUCGACGCCCCAAAGGACGACAACGACGAAUGGUCGUCCACGUUCACAAAGUCCCGCAAACAAUCCAAAAAGGACAAGCGCAAGCAAAAGAAGGCCGCCGAGGACGACGACGCGCUGUCCGGCAGUCUGUCGCGGUCCGAAGCCAGCGAGACGACGGCCGUCGAUGUUGACGCCGACCCGAACGACAGCUACACGCAUACUGUCUCCACGGCCCCUGCCAAGUCUGUCUGGGACGAAGACGAUCCCAGUCCACCGCCGGAUCGAGAUCGAGAUCGAGACCGUGAGCGAACGGUUGAGACGGGCGAGACGGGCGAGACGGGCCAGACGGGCGAGGUGGAAACUGGCAAAAAGGGCAAGAAGAGCAAAAAGGGCAAGGCCGGCAAGGGCAAAACUGCUACAACGACCACGUCCUCGCAGGACACCGACAAGCAGUCUUUUUUAGCUAAUGCCGGCACCCUUGGCGCGGGUGUCGGACUUGCGGGAGCAGCCGUGGCGGCCAUUGCUAGCGCCGCCGGGCCUUCCCGCACAAAAGUCGCCGACGCUUCUUCCGACGAGAAGGAGCCUGCCGCCGACCACCCUCGUGGGAUGGAAACGGAGGACGAUGCUGUGGUCCCGGAGCGGCCACAGGACGAACAGCAGCAACGCGAGUUGCAACAAGACGAUUCACAACAGCACGAAUCGCAACAGCAAGAAAACGAACAAGAACAGUUGGCCCCGCACACAGACCUCCUCGACGGCCUUGCCACGCCCGGCCACCGUUCGCGUGCACCCUCCGACGCGGCAUCGGCAGCCCCUUCGGCGGCGCACUCGGAGCCUGUCAUCGACCCAGAGAUUGUCGCGCGCCAGAUCCGGCCGGCGAUCGACCCUCAUUUCGGCGACCUGCUGCCCCUGCCGCCGCAGCCCAGCGAGCCGGGAUCGCCCAAGAGUGUCAUAUCCGAACUCGACUCCGACUUUGAGUUCCCUGACCUGCCCGACAGCCGGCCCGAGACGCCGCCCGAGCAGGAGCGCGAGAGCCACCUCCGCGAGCAGCAGAUGGCCCUGGCCGCCGCCCAGCGCCGGCGCUCCGAGACACCCAUCAAGGUCAAGUCGUCCACGGCCAGUCCGACAGCCGUGCCCAUCCAAUGGCUGAUGCAGCGCUCGGGCUCGCCGUCUGCGAUUGCCGGCAGCCCUCGCAUGUACAAGCAGCCGCUGCCGUCUGGCGCGUCGCAGCAGGCGCAGCAGGCGCAGCCAACCCAGCCGUCGGCCAUGUCCCAGUCGGCCAUGCCGUCGCCUACGACUGCAGCCGGCGACGCGACAGAUCCUGUUUCGACGACUGUCCCCUCGACGUCCUAUGGUCCUGCCAACACGACGGACGGCUCUCCCUUGGCCUCUGGCUCGCCUGUGGCAGCGGGCACGCCCAGCUCCCGCGAGGCACAGGCCGUGCUGGACUUUUUCUCCACGCCGACCAAGCGCGCCUCGCGGCCGCAGUCGUGGGACAGCACGCGCGAUCUCAAGCCCCUCAAGCUGUUGAUGCAGCAGCACCACCGGUCGAGCAGCCAGUUGUCGGACGCAGAGGCUAAUACAGCUGGUGCCCCAUCGACAAACCAAAGCCAGGGCAGUAGCAGCAAUCCCAGCGCCCUGUCCACGCCCAUCCGCCGCGGCUUCGUCACGGGUGGUCUGGCCGGUGUUGGUGUCGGCACCGGUAUGGGUAUGGGCAUGGGCAUGGGCGUUGGCGGCGGCGAGGCAUCCCCGCUGCGUGAAGCGCUGGCGCGUGCCUCCAUGGCCAACAAUGACAAGAAUGCGCACGCGCAGAACCGCCGAAGCCUGCCGAGUCCCAACGCACUCGCUAUGGAGCUGGACGCGUUCACCGCCGCACAGGCUGGUGCUGCAGCUGCGCAGGCCACCGCGGGUUCCAAGUCGACAAACGCAAGCCCGGACAAGGAACGCACCGAGGAGGAUGCCAUGGCAGACAUCCCGGCAGUCUCGACGACGCCGCCACCUAGGUCGCAGUCUACACGUCCGUCCAUGGAUAUUCUACGCAGCGACGUCCUGGCCGCCGUGGAGGAUGCUACGCCUACAUCUACGUCUACGUCUACAAACGAGGACAAGGACAAGGGCAAGGGCAAGGGCAAGGCGAAGGAGGUCGAGGCGGAUGAGGCGGACUUGACCAGAGAAGCAGUGGCAGACCAGACGGCCGUCUCUGCUCCUGCCACACCUGCCUCGACGCUGACGGGCGGCUUUGCCUCGCGUCUCGGCUCCGUCUUUUCGUCGUUUGUCCGUCGCGGCUUCAGCGAGGACAAAAAGCCCGGGGCGGUUCCUGAGCCGGCGGACGAGCCUGUCAAGGAGGUGGCCAGCACAUCGCACCCCGACACUGUGACCAGCGGUACUGACCUCGACCGCUUCUUUGACGAUGUCGUCUACGACGAACCUGCUGCUGCUGGUGCUGCUGCUGUCGGUGUCGACAAGGACGCGCGCCGUGACAUCCUUUUCCCCAGCGUCGAGCCUGCUCUCGAGGAGACGCCUGCUGAGGACAAGCCCGUCUUUGAAGAGCCAGCGUACACGGCCAGCCCCAGCGCGUACAAGAAGCAGAAGAAGGCCAAGAAGAACAAGAAGGGCAGCCGGGCUGAGCCGGACGUCCUGAACGUGGACGACAGCGCAAACGUCUCGCCCCGCGACCCCAGCCCGCAGCCGACGGUCACGGAGACGGAGACGGAGACGGAGACGGCGUUGGUUGAAGAGCCAGAGGCCGUUCCCGAGGAGGUCGUCGACGACUUUGCACCUGUUUCAAAAAAGGACCGCAAGAAGAAGGGCAAAAAGUGCAAGAGCCUGAGCCAGAGCCAGAGCCAGAGCCAGAGCCAAGCCGCCACGACGCCGGCUGACUUUACCGAAGCCGACGAGAUGGCCGUCACCCAGGUGGAGGCUGAGCAGCCCCCCACGCCAGCGGCUGAUGUAGAGCAGACAGCGGCUGCUGCGGUGCCCGACGACGACUUUUCCAGGGCGUCCUGGACCAAGACAAAAAAGGCCAACAAGAAGAACAAGGGACAGGCCAAGUCGGUCGACGACUCGCCCGCGGAUUCUGACCGCGACAUGUCGGGUUCAGGUUCAGGUGCAGGUUCAGGUUCAGGUUCAGGUUCAGCUUCAAUUCUUCCAACGGCAGUUGCUGCCACAGCCGGAGCCACAGCAGUGCUAGCGGCGGCCGAGCUGUUGACGAUGAACAAGGGCGAGGACAAGGCGCACGAGCCGGAGACGAGCGACUUGGACGACUCCGCCAAAGAGCCCACUUGGUUGCAUGGCAGUAUCCGCGCUGAGCCCCACACGAGCAGCAAGAACCAACACCAAGUGGAGGCGCCCAGCCUGACUGGCGGCGGUGAGCGGACAUUCGACGACAGCGACAACGACAACAACGACGCUCUUGACAACACGGAAACGACCCCUGGCGACGUCGUAGCCGACAAGGCCUUGCUGCCUGACAGCGACACGGCUCCCCUCGCCUCGGCUGUGACCAAUGACAACCGCCAACAGGAUCCAGCGGGGUCUUCUAUCGGCGGGCCGUCCAAUCAGGACGCGGCGGGCCGGCCCACUGAGGAGACGGUUGAGGCCACUUCCAAGGAGCUGUCUGACGACACGAGCAAGGCCGAAAACGCCCGCAGCGGAGACGACGACAGCAACAACAGCAACAACAGCAAAUCCAGCAAAACCCGGCACGACGUGGAACCGACCCUGCAUGCAAGCUCUGGCGAUGCCGGCGCCACCGUUCUCACGCGAGAGCCUGCCCAGGCAGGCAGAGAUGGCUCAGACUCUCCAACCUCUAUCCAAGAGACCGCUCCUGAAGCGACCCCGGGGCCUGCUUCGGACCGCAGCUUGGAAGAGCAACCUCGUCAACAAGACAUGGACACAGCAGCCGUCACGUCCGACACGAUGGACAAUGCCGGCGUCGGCGACGAAAGCACCCGCCGAAGCUCGGGCCAGGCCAAGAAGCUCUCCAAGAAGCAGCAGCGCAAAGUGGCUGCCGCUGCUCUCGCUGCCGCUGCUGUCGGUGCAGUCGGUGCAGGUACAGCCGGUGCAGUCGGCACAGAAGAGGCCGCAGCGGACGACAACAGCACCACUGAGGCGGUCCGCUCGGUUGAACAGCCUGCGACAGAGACAGAGGCCGUCGUCGUGGACGCCGACCGCCGCGAGGACAAGAACCGCGACGACACGCAAACUGCCUCGCCCGUCGACGCACCUGUCGAAGAAUGCCAACAACCACAAGACGUCCGAGAAACUGGCGACAGCCCUGCAGCAGCUGACCUUGACGUCGGCAGCACUGACUUGACCACGACGACCACAUCGGAUGCAACGCCAACAGCUGUAGAUGACAACGACGAGUGGUCUGCGAUGACCACCAAGAAGUCCAAAAAGGGCAAAAAGGGAAAGAAGGGCAAGGCAGCUGAGGUUGCUCCAUCUGAGACUGGCCCGGUCGUGGCAGAGACAGACGAGUCCGUUGUCGCCAGCCAACCCGACAUUGUUGCGACCGACCGUGCCGUCGAGCCCGAGGCGGAGUCUGCUCCCACCGAUCCUUUGUCCGGCGCACCCGUUGCCACAGAGCCCACCACCGACGACCUCGCAUCCGGCGGCGGACUCAAGAAACAAGACAAGGACAAGAAGAAGAAGCGCAAGGACUCGCACGUGACCUUUGCAUUGGGCGAGCCAACAACGCAGCCGGCAGCAGAGGCGGCAACCGAGCCAGCAACCGAGCCGGAGGUUGAGCCCGCGACUGAGCUGACUGAGGUACCUGCAGAGGCGCCUGUCGAGCCAGUCGAGCCAGUCGAGCCAGUCGAGCCAGUCGAGCCAGUCGAGCCUGCUGAAGAGCCUCUGGUAGCGCUUCCGGUCGAAACACCAGUGCAGCCCGAAACAUCCAAAGAGAUUGCUGCUGAGGAUAUUUCUGCUUCCGCCCCAACACCUUCCGAGCCGGAGCGGAUAGCUGCUCCCACGAUCAAAAAGGCAAAGAGGGUGAAGAAGUCUAGGUCUUGGUUCUCCUGGGGCAGCACAGAUGAUACUCCCGAGGAAGAGGAGGACACUCCUAUCGCAGUACCUGUCGAGGUUCCUGUCGAGGCGCCUGCUGAGACCCCUGUCGAAGCGGCAACAGAAGAGACGCCUGCUCCCACGGCGACUGGAGAGCAGCCAGACGAUCAGAGCCGCGACACUCUUCCCGUGGAACCCGUCGUCGAGGACACGCCUGCCAGUGAGGAGGCGCCCGCCGAACCUGCUCUCUCUACCACCGACGCUGGUGGGCCCUACUCUGUCAGCCUCAAAAAGUCCAAGAAGCGCAAGGGGAAGAAAGAUACUGGCUUUGAUGUUGAUGGUCCCACGCCUGAAGAGCCGGCGGCGCUACCUGUCGAGAACUCUGCCCUGCUUGCCGAGGAGGAGUCUAUUCUGCCUGUCGAAAGGGAGCCUGUGUCUUCUCCUGCACCUGUGGUUGAGGAGGAGCCGUCCGUGGUCGAAGCACCUCCCGUUGCCGACGACGCUGACAACACCGUCGACGCUUCCAUCGGCCUCAAAAAGGCAAAGGGCAAGAAGGGUCGCAAGUCCGUCUCGUUUCAACCCGACCUCGACGAGGCGCUUGUAUCGACAUCGCGUGAUGUGGUCGAGCCCGAGACCAUACCCCAGACCAAGCCCGAGCCCGAGCCCGAGGUUCCUGCCGCUGAAGACUUGCCGGCGGAGACAGCGUCUCCUGCCACGCCCGAGGCCGCAGAGCAGGACGACGUUUGGGCCGCGUCGGCCCCGUCUCUCAAGAAAGCCAAGAAGGGCAAGAAGAACCGCAAGGGCUCGGCCGUGCUGUCCGACUGGGACGCUCCCGAGGCUCAGACACCAGAAGAGGCGCCCGAGGACACACCAGCAGACGUUGUCGCUGCCGACAAGACCGAGGAACCAGUGCCUGAAACAGUACCGGCUAUACCAGACGACACUGUCACCACCACCGAGCCGGAGUCCACUCCCAGAGACUUGCCCACAGACGAGCUUCCUGCUGAGGUCGCCGAAGCUCAAGACGCGGAGAAGCCCGAAGAAGAUGUCUUUGCUCCCGCACACACCCGCAAGCAGUCCAAGAAAGACAAGAAGGCAGCCAAGAAGAAGAAGCAGAUGGCCUGGGGCGAUGCGGAUGAGGCAACCGAGACAACAGACGUGCCGCCGGAGCCUUCUGAUGCUUCUUUCGAGCAACCCGAGGCUCUUCCCGAGACAGAGUUUGUGGGCGAGCCUCCUGUUACCGAGCCGGACACUGAGCCGGUGACCAAGCCGACACCCGAAGCUGUCACUGAGGCUGUCACUGAAAAGUCGAUUGUUGAGAAACCGUCAAGUAUAGAGACUCCCGUCGACGAUUCUGCCGCCGCUCUUGAUCCUUCGGCCGAGCGCGCCGUUGAGCCUACGACCGAACACAUUGCUGAUACGGUCAUCGAGGCCGCCCCUGCACCCGUCGCUGAGACGCCUGCCAAUACCCAUGACGAGCCUCUCGCUGACGAGCCGGUUGACUUGGCGCCCGUGUCUGGCAAAAAGUCAAAGAAGGACAAGAACAAGAAGAAAAAGAAAGCAAAGGCUUGGGCCGACUUUGAGGAGACGCCCGCGCCUCCUGAGCCUGCCGAGACGCUUGAACCAGCGGCUGACUCUGCCGCUCCCGUCGAGGGUGUCCUCCGUCCUGAGCCUGCCGAGACUACGGAGGCUUCUGAAGCUGCUGUUCCUGUCGAACCAACGGAGCCUGUUGACACAGUCCCGGAGAUCAUUGCCGGCCGAGAUGUAGCAGAGCCGACAGAAGAUUCCGCGCCUCAGCUAGUGAGCGACCCUGUCGAGUCUUUUGAUUUUGCUCCUGUCACGAAGAAGGCAAAAAAGGACAAGAAAAAGAAGAAGGUUCAGGUUCAGGCUUGGGCUGAUGUCGAGGAGUCCGCAUCACCAGCAUCCGAACCUGCAACUGGGACGGCCACGCCUGCUGAGACUGAAGCCGCUGAGCCAGCUGCCGUCGAACCUGUAGCCGUCCAGCCCACCGAGGCAGAGGCCACCGUUCCUGUGGACUCCGUUGAGCCAGUCCCUGUCGACUCUGCCGAGUCUGUCGAACCUGUCGAACCUGUCGAGCCUGUUGCUGAAGCCUUGGCUCCAGCAGACGAGACGCCUUCACAACAACCCGCUGAGCCUGCUUGGACAGAUGCUGAGGAGACGCCUACUCCAGAGCCUGAGCAAACAGCCGAGCUUGCACCUGAGCCUGACAAUGUCAGCGAGCCGCUUGCGGAGGCAGAGCCGACUGUUGAUACUGUUGACGCUGUUGACACUGUCGACAGUGUCCAGCCAACCACUACGACAGCUGCCGACGUCGAGCCGCUUGAAGUCGCUGCCGUCGAGACCGCAACAGAGCCCUCGUCUGAGCAGCCCGAGCAGACUGAGCCCACUGCUGCUGACUCCGUCGACGACGUCCCGCCCAUCUCUCGCGAGGAAUCCAAGAAGGAGAAAAAGGACAAGAAAAAAAAGAAGAAGUCGUCGACAUGGUCUGACUUUGACGAUACUCCUCAGCCUCCAGCCGAUGCCCCUGUUGAGUCCGUCGAGUCUUCGACUGAGCCUAUCCAAGAGCCUAUCCAAGAGCCUGUCGAGGAACCUGUUCCUGAACCUACGGAGACCGCAGAUCUCGAGAUCGGAGCGGCCGAGCGCGAACCAUCUGCCGAACGUGAGAUUGUCGAAACCAUCACAGAGCCUGCGCCCCAGCCCGUCAAGGAGGCUGUUGAUGACUCUCUUGACGUUGCCCCUGUCUCUGGCAAGAAAGCCAAAAAAGACAAGAAGUCGAAGAAGAAGGCGCAGGCUUGGACUGAUUUUGAGGAGACUCCGGAUCUGACCGUUGAGACAUCUGGCCCAGCAGCUGAACCUGCUGUUGAGCCUGCCGCUGAAGCCGUUUCUGAACCCGUCGAGCCCGUCGAGCCUCUGGACCCUUCUGUAAACGUUCCGGAAGAGCCCGUUUCUGGGGACCUUGUUCCCGAAGCAGUUCCAGAGGUCUCUAUUGACCGCGAAGUCAUCGAGGCACCUGAAGCGUCUACUGUUCCGCCUGUCACCGUGGACGCCACAUCUGCAGAGCUUGCUAAGGAACCCGCCGCAGAACCGCUUGACUUUGCUCCCGUCUCUAGCAAAAAGUCAAAGAAGGAAAAGAAAAAGAAGGAGUCGCAGGCGUGGACUGACUUUGAAGAGGCGCCGGAGCCACUUGCAGAGACAGCAGAAGCUCAAUCCGCUCCCGACAAUGUCCCUGAGCCAGCUGAGCCGACCGAUCCGGUCACAGACGUUUCCGCAGAGGCUCCGCCCGAGGCUGAGGCUUCUCUGGACCGCGAGGUGACCGAAGCCACUGACGUGCACGCUGCGAUCCCCGCCGCUAAGGCCGACGACGAGCCUCUUGAUGUUGCCCCGGUUCCAGGCAAGAAGUCAAAGAAGGACAAGAAAAAGAAAAAGUCGCAGGCGUGGACAGACGCUGAGGAGACGCCGGAGUCGGCCACUGCUACGCCGCCGGAGCCGGUCAUUGAGUCUGUGAUAGAGCCAGCUGCAGAAGCUCCCCAAGAGCAAGAGCCGAAGGUUUCUGCCGACCGUGAAAUAUCGCAACCCACGGAUAAGGCUAUCUCUGAGUCCACAGCAGAUAUUGCUGAAAUUGACAGCGAACCGGCCAAACAAUCUGCCGAGGAGCCUCUCGACUUUGCUCCUGUGUCCCGCAAGUCGAAGAAUGACAAGAAGAGCAAGAAGAAGGCUCAGGCCUGGACCGAUAUUGAACGUACUCCUGAGCCGUCGGCUACCGAGUCGGUCACGGAGGUAGUCGAAGAGGCUGGCAAAUUGGUGGAGCCUGCCGAAGAUGCCGAGCCCGUUGCGCUCGUUGAGCCCGCUGAGCCCGUUGAGCCCGCUGUUACGGCUGCUGCCGAUCAAGAACAUGAGCAGCGUCGCGAACUUGACGAGUUUGUGCCCGCAGCAGCCGACGAGACGUCUCAAGAGACGCCUGCUCAAGAACAGCUGGAACAGCCUCUCGAUUUCGUGUCCGUCUCUCGCAAGCAGUCGAAGAAGGGCAAAAAGAAGAAGACCCUGCUCGCUUCGUGGGAUGAUGAUGUUCCGGCCGAGGCUGCUCCGGCGUCUGUGUCUGAGCCGGUUGUCGAGCCUCCAGUUGAGCCCGCCAUUGACGCCAUCCCAGAGCCGACAUUCGAGGCUGUAUCUGAGGCUGUAUCUAAGGCAGCCGACCAGCCCGAGACUACAUCUCUUGACAGCGCUGACAUUGUCGACGAGCCCGCGACCCAGUCCGACGAGAAGCCGGUGGACGACUUUUCUCCUGUCAAGAAAUCUUCCAAGAAGGAGAAGCGGUCCAAGAAGAAGGCACAGCAACAAUCGUGGGCUGACGUUGAAGAACCUGCUACGACCGAUGAUGUCGUUGAAGAGGUGGCCGCUGACCGCCAAAUCGAGGCGGACGCUGCUCCUGAGCCCGCCCCAGUCGACGUUCUUCCUGUCGCCGAUGAGCCACUUCAGCUAAGCAAGAGAGCUGCUGAGGUUGAUUCGCCGUCAGCACCUGACAUCGAGACCGCUGUGGAGCCUGCUUCCGAACUUGUCGUCGAACCUGUCGUCGAACCUGUCGCCGAACCAGCUGCCGACCCCACUGCUGCGCCCGCCGAGGACGACUUUGCGCAGGUGACCAAAAAGUCCAAGAAGGACAAAAAAGACAAGAAGGACAAGAAGUCCUCCAAGAAAAAGGCGAAGCUGGCCUGGGACGACGACUGGGAAGAGAAGCCUGCCGAGUCCGUGCCGGAAACCCCCAAGGAGGUUGAGCCUGAAACCGAGGCCGGGUCGAGCGCUGCAGCCGCUGCCAUUGUUGCUGCAGGCCUUGCCGCCGCAGGUAUGGCCGCCACCACAGAGACGACGGAGUCUGCCAAAGACGACUUUGCGCCUGUCUCUUCGGGCAAAAUAUCGAAGAAAGAUAAGAAGAAGAAGAAGGCUCAUCUCUCUGCAUGGGAUGAAGACGUUCCAUCUGAAGCAGCCGCUGAAACAACGCCGACAGCAGAAGAGGUGGCUGCCGCUGACGAUGUUCCCGAGUCUCUCCAAGAGGUCACCGAGCCUGCCCAAGAACGAGGGGUGGCUCGGGACGUGGAGACAGCGACGGCAUAUGAUGAUGCGCAGACGGCGUCACAAGACAUCACUGAGCCACCUGUUGACGAUGCCCUUGACUUUGCCCCUGUCUCGCGCAAGCUCUCCAAAAAGGAAAAGAAAGCAGCCAAGAAGACGGCGCAGUCCGCCUCCUGGGCUGACGAGGUCGAGGAGGAAGCUGCCAAGGUCGACGCCCCUAGCGAAGAGAUUGUGCCCUCCGAGGUUGUUCCAAGUGCCGAGCAAGAACAAACGAGAAAGAUCGCGCCGAUUGACGAAGAACCGCACAGCUCCCUGUCUCACGACAUGGCCACCGAGUCUUCCUUCCCAGCUGCCGAGCCUGCGGCUGAGCCAGCACAGGAAGACGAUGCCUUUGCCCCUGUUUCGCGCAAGACCAAGAAGGAGAAGAAGGAAAAAAAGGAGAAGAAGGACAAGAAGUCUAAGAAGGCACCGACCUGGGCUGCUUUUGAGGACGAGCCCCAGGAAGGGACCGAGUCUGCCGAGGUCGUUGAGCCGGUGAGCGAGCUGAUUGUUGAACCAGUCAAUCCCAUUGUCGAGGAGACUGUCGAGCCCACAGCCGAAACGACACGCGAGUCUGAGGUUGUCAGUGAGGAGCCCACGGCCGAUGCUCCCCCUCCAGUCGCCGAAGAAGACGACAGCUUUGCUCCGGUCGCGCGCAAGUCCAAGAAAGGCAAGAAAAAGAAGAAGUCGCUUCCAACCUGGGACGACGAGCCGGAGCAGCCCCUCGAUUCUGAGCCUCUUGUCGAACCUGCCACAUUUGCCGACGAUGCCAUAGCGGAGGAAGUCGUUGAUGAUGCCCGCGGCUUCGAGGAGCCAGAGGGCCUCGACACCAUCGUGGAGGAGCCUAUGGAUCUCCCUGAGACUGCUCGUGAGGCUGGCCCAGACGUCGUCCCCGAAGCUCUCCCCGAGGAGGACUGGUCUGCUCCGGCUCCUGCCAAGAGCAAGAAAGGGAAGAAGGGAAGACAGGUCGUGGACGUCAGCCAGUUUGACGAGAGUCCCGUCCCAGCCACCGAACCUUCUUCUGUUGACACACCCGACACCGUCGAGGCUGCCGAGCCGAUGAAUAUGGAGCCGGCUGUCACAGAACCUAUCGCGGAGGCCGCUGCCAAAGACGACUUUGCGCCUAUGACUAAGAAGGGCAAGAAGGGCAAGAAGCAGCGCGGUACGCUCCAAUCGUACAUGGACUUGACAGAAGGCGCCCGGUCGCUUCUGCCUGAACAGCACACCGAGUCCGCCAGUGAGCCUACCAGGGACAGCUCUCUCGCCACAGCAGCCACUGCCGCUGCUGGCAUUGCCGCCGUCGGUUUCGCAGCGGAGCAUCUGCACAGAGGUAGCGAAGACACAGACCUUCUCCCUGCCAAGGAGUAUGAGCUGCCGCGGCGACGGACGCCGUCGCCGUCUGUAUCCCCGCGGUCCCGGAAGCGCCCCGAGACGCCUGACAGGGAACCAGCCGCAAAUACAAAGGACGUGCAGUUGGACAGUGACAAAGCGGCCCUCGACGAGCCAGUCCUGGACAAGCUCUCCAUCAACCCUGCUCUGACCGGCAUGUUCGACAAGGCCGACCGUCUGUCGUCGCCGUCGUCGCCCACAGUGCCUGUCUGGGGCCUGAUGACACGCGCCGACUCGGACGUCUUUGAGCGGGCCGGCCACGUCCCGAAGCUGCUCCCGAUGCAGAGUUUCAGCCCGACCGCCACGUUGCCUUCGCCGCCUUCGGGCAGUGCUGGGCCGUCCUUUGCCGAGCUCGCCCUGGGCCAAGAGCGCGACCGCAAGGUGUCACUGCCGCACGACCCGCCUUUUGAGAAGGAGUCGAGCGACGACGCCCAACCCGACAAGAAGAAGACCAAGGUGCAAGCGGUCCUUACGCCGCUGGCCGCCGACAAUGACCCUGGCCACUUUGCAGAAGACGCCGUGUUGAGCGACAGUGACAUCAUGUACGACGUCAGAGACGACAGAGAGGAGCGCGAUGAGCGCGAUGAGCGUGGUCGCGGAGGAGGAGACGUGUCGAUGAAACUUAAAUCGCCAAAGAAAAAGAGCAAGGGUAAGGGGAAGGACAGGGAGGUGGAAGUGAAGAGCGAGGUGACCGAGGUGAAGCCGGACAAGGUGAAAGUGCUAACAGUCGUUUCACCCAAGCCUGAGAAGGCAAGCAAGAAGAAGAAAGGGGGAAAGAAGAAGAUUGUGGACAGGCGGUCCGACGGUGAUGACAUUUUUGACGAUGCCGCCCUAUGGGAGAGCAAGGAUCCCAAGGUGCACGAAGAGGUCAUGGGCGACAGUCCGCGAGAGGCGACGGCCGACGGGGAUGAGAUGCCCGGCUUCUUUGCACAAGAGCGGGCGGGCCGUGAUGAUGAGACGAUGGACGACAUUUACCCAAGAGAGCAGGAGGAGACAAAAGGGGAGGAAACGAACGAGGAGCGGGUUGUUCCGGACGCCAUUUUGAGCAAAUUGACGGACACCUCCUUUGACGAGAAUGGCAGCCAAGGUGGCACCGAGCUCCAGUCUGCACGGGGCGUCAGCAGCGACAAAAACGACGACCUCGAGAGCCCGGUUCUCGGCCGUCGCGACUCGGACAAGCUCAAGACCAACCCGCUGCCCAUGGUGGCCGCCGCCAAUGCUGCUGCUGCUGCCGCUGCUGCUGCCGGAACUGACACGAGCCGUGGCAUCGACAUUCCCGACGCAUUGCUCGAGGAUUCCCGCGAGCCAACGCCCCGCCAGGAGGAUCUGUUGCGGCGGCCUGUGCUCGAGUCGCCUCGCGCCUCGCGCGAAUGGACACCCGAGCCGGAAAAGAGGCCUUCUACGGACAAGGGCGGCCACCACGAUUACGACUACAACACACCCAGCCGUGGGCUCUCACACUCGCCUUCCAUCUUGCCCGAGGCGGCAGGUGUCGCCGGUGUCGCCGGCGCCGCCCUCCUCGGAAGCAUGGGAAGCAUGGCCGGCAAGUCGGUUUCGCACGUGGUACACCAUGCCAGCGGUGGUGAUCUGAGACGGUCCGCUUCGAGCAUUCUCGCGCCUGUUCUCGAAGAGACCUACGAAGACGAGGACGGUAGGGAUCACGGGCGGCACUACCAUGGUCGCGAUCUCGACACGACGCCCUCGCGCAGCCAGCCACGUCGCCCGGCAGAGCACCAGCACAGGGCUGCCACGCCCGACGCCAACCGUGACAGCGGCUUUGCCGAGGACAACGCCCACGCCCUACCCACCGCGCCAGCUGCACCCAAGAGUCGUCUCAGCGACGACACCCAGCUGCGUGACAGCGGCGUGCACCUCCGCGACUGGUCGGGCCAUCACGGCGGGAGCACCAGCAGCAACACCGCUGCCGACCUACAGAGAAGCCCCGAGUCGCUGCCAGCGGUGCGACACAGCAGCGACGACAAGCGAUCCACGAGCUACAAGGACGCCGGACUGGCCGCAGGCAUUCUGCCGGCGGUUCGUUCCCGACCAGGAUCGACCGAGCCUGGCCUGCCCGGCAUGCGCAGCGUCUCCGACAACACCCACGCUGCGAGCCGCGACCGCGAACGGCGCCUCAUGUCGUCGCCCAUGCCAUCCGACGCGGGCUCUGUGUCUGGCGCCAUGCUGCCGCAACAGGCGCCGCGCCGUUCCGCGUCCAAUACGAGUCUAGUGCGGCGCAGGACACCGGACCCACUCAAUUUGCGGCGGCCUGAAAGCCCAGGCAUCAAUCGCGCCGCUUACUCAUCAACCCCACCCUUGAGGCGCAUUGACCGACGAAUGAGCGGCGGUCUUAGGUCGCUCAGCAACCGAAGCCAGACUGACCUUUUUGCCUCGCCCGCUGCCCUCGCCGGCGCAGCUGCUGCCACUGCUACUGCCGCGGGCGCUAGCGCGCUGGGGCCGUUACCGCCCGACAACAACACCAACAAGCAACACGCCACCGCUUCCACGUCGACGACACGCGACGAAGGCUCCUCCAGCAAAGACCUUUCUGGCACGACUGCAAGCAUUCCAGUUGCCAAUGAAGGCCGUGUACGCGACAAGGGCGGCAUGACCGACGUAUAUGAUGGCUAUGGCGAGGGCCGCAUCGGCUCGCCGCGGUCGCCGACCCGGCCACACAGCAUGCGCCGCCGACAAAGCAUGCAGGUGAUGGAGCUGGAGAACCGUGUCGAGCAGUUGAUGGCCGAGAACCGGAUGCUCGCCGAAGCACGAUCACAAGCCGAGCAAUCGUCCUCCAGCAAAGCGGCCAGCUCGCUCGCCGAGCGCGACAGCCAAAUCGAUGCCCUCAAACGGUCGCUCGAUUUCUUCCAAAAGGAAGUCAAGCGCCUCACCGAGGUCAACGAGGGCCUCAAUUCGGCCAUCAACUCGUCGGCGAUGCAGCACAACGAACGCUUCCGGCAGCUCGAGACCGACCACGCACAAGCAACACGCGAUCUCGCCAGCGCUGCCAGCGAACGCAACGAACACCUCGAGACCACCAAGAAGCAGCUCGAUGACAAGGAUGCCGAAAUCGCGGCACUCAAAGCCCAGCUGCAGGCGGCCCAAGACGAGAUCCGUGCCAUGCAGGCCAAGAUUCUGGCGUCCAUGCCUGCCGACGGCGCCGACCUGCUGCGCAUUCAAGACGUCGACUACUUUGACCGCCGCUGCCAGCAGCUGUGCACCCACGUCCAGCAGUGGGUCUUGCGCUUUAGCAAGUUUUCCGACUUGCGCGCCUGCCGACUGACGGCCGAAAUCAACGACGAAAAGACGGUGGACCGCCUUGACAAUGCCGUGCUCGACGGCUCGGACGUCGACGACUACCUCCGAGACCGCGUCCACCGCCGGGACGUCUUCAUGGCCAUGACCAUGUACAUGGUGUGGGAGUUUGUCUUUACGCGCUACCUGUUUGGCAUGGACCGCGAGCAGCGCCAAAAGAUCAAGUCGCUCGAGAAGACCCUGCUCGACGUCGGUCCCAUCUCCGCCGUCCGCCAGUGGCGUGCCGUCACCCUGACGCUGCUGAUGCGCCAGCCGUCCUUCCGCGAGCAGCGCGACCAGGACACCGAGGCCGUCGUCCAGGCCAUCCUGCAGACCUUGAGCGCGAUCCUGCCCCCGCCCACCAACAAGGAGGAACAGAUCGAGACCCAGCUCCGCCGCGUCAUCCGCGAGGCUGUGGAUCUCUCCAUUGAAAUGCGCUGCCAGCGCGCCGAGUACAUGAUGCUGCCGCCUCUGCAGCCCGAGUACGACGGCAACGGCGAGCUGGUCGAGACCGUCGCGUUUAACCCGGAGCUGAUGACCGAACGCGACGGGCGAGGAGGAGGAGGAGAGGGGGCCGACGAAACGGCCGGUACGCCCGUGCGCAUUGUCCUGUUCCCGCUCGUCGUCAAAAAGGGCGACGACGCGGGCCAGGGGGACGACGAGAUCGUCGUCUGUCCGGCCCAGGUGCUGGUCGCCGCGCCUCUUCCGCGGCGCUCGGCAUCCCGGGCCGGCACGGCCCCGAGCAUCGUUGACCAGCCGGCCAGCAAGCGACGCAUGAUGACGCCGAGCUCGGACGCCGGCGGUGUCAGCCUGCUGUCCGCUGCUCACCAGCCAUCGCAACCCCACCAGGGAGGCCGCCCGGACAACCGGAGCACGAUCAGCAUGACGGAUGCGGGCUCGAUUGCCGAGGCCCAGUACAUUGAGGGUGGGAUUUAG